UGAACCCAUGCUGCUAGGACGUGUACAGAUCAGUGAGAGAGUGAGGGAGAGACACUGCAAGCUGAGUUGGAGGGGUUCUCCAUCACAUUGUAUGCUCUGUACCUGAUCUAGCACCUCCAAAAGUGGGAGCUCCAGCACCCGCACUGUCACAAUUAACAAUGAGGAAAGCUGUUUUCAUCAACACCACUGCCAUCAUCAUCAUCAACACUUUAGCAGUUGUUUGCACAUGGAAAAAAGACAUAAAACUGGACAUGGCCCCGACUGCUGUUGAUGACCAAUACAUAGGCUGCGUCAAUGAAACGUACAACCUGGUUAAAAGCAAGAUCCUACAGGAAGAUUUUACAAAAGAUAGAGCAUUUGAAAGAGCUUGGAAUAAGUAUUCAAACAUUACUGAUGAUUUUACAAGAAUAAUAAAGGUCUACACGGCAACUGGUCAUCUUUAUUCACAAUUCAAUGAUGCUGUCGGCUCAGGAAGAAAACAAUACCGCACUCAAUUUAACUACAAAGCCUUUCAUUUCUUGCUAACACGCGCCGUACAAAUGCAUAAGGUACAGACAUGUGUUAAUGUUUUCCGCAGAACCAACGUUCAUUUUAAGAAAAGUCUUUUUAGCAAUAAAAUGAGAUUUGGCAGGUUUACUUCGACUUCACUUAGAAACAACAUGACUCAGUUUGGCAAUAUUUCCUGUUUUAAGAUUGAAACAUGCUACGGCGCAAACAUAUCCGCCAUUUCUGAGUUGCCUAAAGAGGAAGAGGUGCUAAUCCCACCUUUUGAAAAAUUCAAAAUCACAAACACUGACAAAAACAAGAUGAACUGCGGUGUUCUUUACACUCUACAGAGCGCGGGGAAUUUUAGCAAAAUGAACUGCGAGCUGUUUAAAAAGAAAACAUUCUUGAUGCAAAUGAGGGGACGGUAAUGUGUUGAUAUCAAUGUGCUGAUGUUAUUAUAGCACUAUCGCUGGGCCAUCGCAACAUAACUGGAUAAUUUUAUACAUGAUGUAACGUGUUCUAAGCAUGUGUUGAUGUCAGUGAGACAUGUUAUUUGUGAUUACAUUAUAAAAUUGCAUAAUUGUAAAUUUAAUGAUUUUAUCUGAGCUUUUGCCUGAACAGAAUCUAGCAACGCUUUGUAGCACAGCACCAACUUAAUGUCUGAAAAUAAUGUUUAUGACUGUUUAUUAAUUAAAUGUGGCAACAUGUAUAGACUGUUUGUUAUAUGCUCUUUUCAUUAAAAGAA